AUGAAAUAAUCACUCUUUGCUUAGCGUAUGAAGUUAAAAAAGGAUAUCCAAAAACCAGAUGAAAACCUCUCAUUUCCUUAAACAUUCAAAGUUGAUAUUCCACCAUAACCUAAUCGUGCCUAAUUUCAUGGUUUAAGUGAAAAAGAUUAUUAAUAAAUUGAUGAAGAAAAUCUUAAAGCAAUCAAAGAAAUGAAUUAAGAAUAAGUUAUGGAAUUACAAAAAUAAAUUAGAGAAUCUUUAGGUGAUAAUUUAUGCAAAAUGUUUGAAUCUGGAGACAUAUACUAAAUUAAACAAUAAAAACAAAUGCAACUAGAAAUUAACUAAACCAUUACUAAAAAUACAGAAGUUUUUAGUAAACUUAUUGAUGAAGAUUAAAUUACAAUCUCUUAAAUUCAAGAACUAAUUAAAUCACCAGAAAUGAGUAGUGUUAAAUUGGCACUCCAAAAAAUUGAUAAAGUUAUUAAACCAUAAAAUGUUCUCUAAUUAGAAUCUAUAAAUCUAAGUGAUUACCUUAUCUCUGUUGGAAAAUCAACUAACAUUUCAGUAUCCCUAUUUUCAUUUGAUUUGCUUUAUACAUAUUGGACAUAGAUAGUUCCUAAUUGUUGGAAUCCAAUAUAUAAUCUUAAAGAAACUAAAGAAAUUGAAGAUCUCUAUAUUGAUCUACCUUAAAUGAUUAAUUAAUUAUAGCAUCAUAUUCAUUAUACCAAAGCAUUAGACCUUUUAAGAAUAAGAAACAUUCUAUCCUAAUCCAAUUCUAAAUAUAUAAUAGAACAAUAAUCAAUUAUAAACAUCGAAUGCAAAAUUAAAUCUAUUAUUUUACUUUAAUAAUUUUAAGAAUUGUAAAAAAUUGAUUUCAUUUCUUAAGAAUUUUCAGAUUUUUUACUAUCAAUCAUUUUCUAUUAUUUUAAUUAUCUACUUGAUUCCCAAUGUAAUAUAAUUAUUAGUGAAUUAUCAAAAUUAUAGAAUUCAAACUUAAAAUUGGCUAUAUUCUAUCAAUAUUAAUAAAGAUUUAGUUGCAAAUUAAUACAUGAACCUUUAAUAUUAAAUAUAAAGAAACCUGAAAUUAAUCAAGAUAUCUAAAUUUAUGAAAUAGUUCCAUUUUAAUCUGUCCUUGCAAAACUAUUUGAUUCAUUUAAUUUAGCUAUAUUUUCUGGUCAAGAUGUUAUAACUUGUCUUAAAUAAAUUGUUUCAUUGAUUUUUGAUAUUAGAUAUUUAGCAAAAUCUAUUAUUUCAAGAAAGUAAAGAAAAAUACAUAAAUGGAGAUUAUUGAACAUUUUAAGAAGUAUCUUUUAAGAUCAAUUUAAAAAUGAAGCCAAUAAAAGAACAUCAAUAAAAGAAAAUAAUGAAAAAUAUUAAUUAUUAGAAUUAAUCAGAUAAUAAUUAAAAAUUGAAUUUCAUUUAAGAGAUGAAAAAGAAUUAGUCUUUGAGGCAAGUUUAUAUUCAGGACUCUCCUAAUUUCUAAGUUAACAUGAAUAUCAAUUAGAAGUUGUUUAAUAAUAUAUUGAUUGUUUUAAUGAUAUUGAUUUUGAAAUAAAAUCUGAAUUCGUACUGUUAAAACUAUACAAAUUAUUAAUAUCUAAUAUGGAAUUACCUAAAGGAUUAAUAAAUUUAUACAAAUAUUUAUUGAAUAAAAUAAAUAUCAAAGAAUUAGCUGUCCUAUUAAAUAAAAAUGUUUCUUAUUUUGAAAAAUUACUCUAAAAAUGUUAAUAUGAUUCAUAUUAUAAUGAAACAUAUGUGAAUGUUUUAUUUUUGUUUAUUAGCCCUCAUUUUAAUCCAGAUUUUCACAAUUUAUUAUUUUAAGAAUUCUAAUGCUCACCUAUAUUGCAAUAUUUAUCAUCAGAAAUAUAUAUGAAACAUUUAAAUUACUUUACUAUUAAACCAAAUAAAGGAUUAGAGAUUUAUAGAUAAAAUGUCUUAGAUGUAAGUAGUUAAAAUGAAUUUAUAUAAAAAUGGCAAGCAGAAAUUAGUCAAUGGUGA